CAGCAUCAUCCGGCCGAUCGAAUCAAGAACGAGCGAGUAACAUUACUCACACCGUAGUGGUUGCCACGAAAUCAUCGCAGUAAGCCGAGCUGUUACCGUUCAUUAGUUCGCUGCGAAACGAAGUGGUGCUGACUUGGUCAAGUAUCAUCAUGGUGGCCAGAAGGGCUUUUGAGUUGGCUGUUGCCGCCGUCGCUGCUUGCAGUAUGUACGCGGUCCUGUUGCAUGUGGAGGCCGUGCCACAAGGCGUGGACAAGUACGAACCGUACGAGUACAAGUACGAAGUGAAAGAUCCUGAAAAGAAACUAUUUUUCGACAAAAAUGAAGCUGGUGAUAUGGCGGGCAAGGUGACCGGACGAUACUCAGUGUGGCUGCCAGACGGACGGCUUAUGACGAUCAAGUAUGUCGUCGAUAAGGAGGGUGGCUUCCAGCCUGAAGUGGAUUUUCAGGACAAUGCGAAUCCGUUAUCGGGAUGAUACGGCGAAAGAGCAACAAUAAGAAACAGAGAGAUUCAGCAAAAGGGUAUCACAUCAUAGCGUAGAAAAGCCGACGGUUUGGAAGCGUAAUACUUCGUCAAAUGUUACAGCCUGUGUGAUAAUGAUAUGCGCGUGUGUGUUCUUGGGUGCUUUCCGGUUGCG